AUGCAAGGAAGCUUAUUCCCAUCCCUCGGUUUCAUGGUUUGGUCGGCCUUCCGCGGUGACGGCGGUGGUGGCUUAGGCGGUGACGGCAGUGGUCACUUAGGCGGCGACGACAACGGCGGUGGCGGCUUAGGCGACAGCGACGGCAGCGGCGGUGGCAACUUAGGCCACGAUGGCGGCGGCGAAGGUAGUGGCAGUAGCAGCGAAGGCAGCGGCGAUGGCAGCUUAGGUAAUGGCGACGGCGGUGGCGGCGAAGGCGGCGACGACCGCUUGGGUGACAGUCGUAGCGAUGAAAGCUACUUGGGUGGCGGAUACAGAGAAGAUGGGAGGAAGAGGGACAUAUUCUAG